UGCAUUUGGUUGUCCCUUGAAAACCGAAAACCGCAAUCUUCAAAUGGAGUAUCAAUAUACUGCUUUUCUACACUAUUUUACAUAUUAACUUGUAUAAAUAUCCAAACUAAGACUUUGCUGUGUCUGAGAAGACAGUCAUCUGUAGGCUUACAUGCCUAGCGGAAUUUACAUUUCGUUAUGACCUCUACAAGUAGUGAUAUUGUCCCAACAGGCACUGUAAUCAAGGAAAGGUGGAGAGUUUAUAAAAAAAUUGGUGGUGGUGGUUUCGGUGAAAUAUAUGAAGCAGUUGAUAUGGUAACACAGCAAAAGGUUGCUGUUAAAGUCGAAUCGGCCCAGCAACCAAAACAAGUAUUAAAAAUGGAAGUUGCUGUACUAAAACGACUUCAAGGGCGUGCGCAUACAUGUCGCUUUAUUGGUUGCGGAAGGAAUGAGCAAUUUAAUUAUAUAGUAAUGAGUCUACAAGGGAAAAAUUUGGCGGACUUAAGGCGGUCAACUCGUCGUGGUUGCUUCACUAUUAGUACGACUGUACGACUAGCUCGUCAAAUGCUCGUUGCUAUUGAGAAUGUUCAUAAUGUCGGAUUUCUUCACCGAGAUAUAAAACCGUCGAACUUCGCUCUAGGAACUGGGAUUGGUCCAGGGGCAGUGAAUCCUCGACAGAUUGUACUUCUAGACUUUGGAUUAGCUCGUCAGUACACAACAGCAAAUGGUGAUAUUCGCGCCCCAAGACAGGUGGCUGGUUUUCGUGGUACUGUCAGAUAUGCUUCUGUUAAUGCUCAUUUAAAUAAAGAACUUGGACGACAUGAUGACCUUUGGUCACUGUAUUAUAUGCUUGGGGAGUUUAUUGUUGGCGAAUUACCUUGGCGAAAAAUUAAAGAUAAAGAACAGGUUGGUUUGAUGAAGCAGACUUUUGAUCAUAAUCAAUUACUGAAGUUUAUGCCACGUGAAUUCAGACCAUUUCUUGAACAUAUUCAAAACCUGACUUAUUUCGAUCGACCAGACUACAUGUAUUUACAUUCCUUACUUAAUGCAUAUAUGGAGCGUCGUAGAAUAAAUGAGGCAGAUCCAUUCGAUUGGGAGACGGUAGUCGAACCUAAUACUACUGGUGGUGCUAAUGAAACUAAUCAACAUCAUACAACACAAGCCGUGGCAACAGCCCAACAGGUUGCUCAAGUUACUGUGGCUGCAGCACAAGGUGCAUUGGAUGUUUCUAAGCCACGCAAGGGUAUUGUUUCCGGAAUGGGUCAGAAUCGUACAAGCGCUGCUGGUGCAACAGGUGUGGUGGGAUCUAGCGGAUACGUGAGUGGAAACAGAUUGGCCGGAAGUAGUUCUAACCUUGCCGUUGUGGGUCCUGGUGCAAAUACAUCGGCGCCUAAUGUAGGAAAAACUUUUGACGUUACCGCCGGUCAUGGUGCUUCAAAUAGUGCUGUUAUGGUUCCACGAUCUGGUAUAGUUUCGCAUCACCGUAAUGCUGUUGAUGAACUUGUAGGUAACCAUAAUUCGCAGCAGCAAAGUAACAACACACCCCGUAAAUCAUUUCCAAAUACGGGUGCACGGUCACACCGACCUGCUACUACUCCUAGGCUUGUUAAAGAAGCUGGGGCUGCAAGAGCCCGUGAAGCCGCUUCAAGAGAUGCUGGUAAGACCGACCAGUUUUAUUCGUCACAUUCUCAAGCUUUGCGUGCGUCUCCUUCAGCGAAGGGUGGUAAUACAGACUCAGGUUGCCAACCUACAGAUAACUCUGUACCGAAUAGUUGUGUUUAUCGUACGAAUGAUCCAAAUAAACUUCAACCUGGUGUGGGAACUACAAGUAGCAACUCAUCCGCUCGCCGUCCUAUAAGUGCUGGGGCAACUCAUCUGCGAAGUAGUGCAGGUACUCUCGGAAGUACAGCAAGUGUUGCUGGAGCUGGUUCAGGUACACGAUGUGAUACGAGUUGUACACAUGCAGUUAUUGUUAUGGUAGAUCAAGGAGAAAAUAGCAAUUAUCAUGAUAUGACGAAAGCUGUUCCACUUACACUUGCAAGCCACUGGAUUGCAGGUGGUGAAGAUGAAGAAUGUUCCGUUAUUUCUGAAAAUGAAGAUGCGGGUGUUGGGAAAAUUAAAUGUGCUGGUUCUUCUGUUGCGAGUGCCUCUGGUGGAAUCGGAGGAGACUAUGAUGCAUCUAAUUAUUUAAACAAGGUUAAUGGUACAAGUAAUCAGUUGCCUGAAUGUGGGACUGGAGAAGGGGAUGAAUUAUUUCCAAAAGUACAGCCUGAAAAUGCGAACAAUAACAAUAAUUACUUUUGUAACUGUGAUCCUAACAUAACAAAUUCCCAGCGUAUGUUUCAGACCUCUGGAGACGUAAAUAAAGACAUUCCAUCUGGAUCCUACUUGGAACAAGAUUCUGAUGAAAAUAGUGCAGAAAAGUCUUCAAAUAAUCCACCUUUUGGUGUAUCUGGUAGACAAGUUACUGUUCCCUCUCAACAGACUUAUGGAGAAGUCGAGGCGGGCUCUUAUAGACACAAUACCAUCAAUUCUUUCGGAAGUCGUGGUGUUGCACGUAAAUUGUCUUUGGGUUUUCGUCGACAAAGAGCAUUGCCUCAGUAUCUUACUUCGGACACAAAAUUACUUCCGAGUUAUGGUAUGCCAACAACGAAAGAUACUUGUUUAGCCAAUUCACCAACGCGUUUGAAAUCUUUUAAAGGUGAUAGUGAUUGGAAUUCUCGAUAUGGCGACGUUUUGCCACAGUCACCAACUCCCUUUUCACGUUCUACAAGUCCAUAUUAUCCACAUGGUUUAGAAAUUGUUGAUGAAAAUAUUAAUGUUCCAGUUUCUAAACAUUCAGCAUAUGUUUUUCAAGAAAUGGUAGAUCGUAGAGGUCGUAGCCAAUAUAAAGACGUUCAUGACCAUGAGCCACGUGGUCCGGACAAGUUAAAUGAUGAAUUCUACUGUGAUCCACUUGGAAAUUCUACUGGGCAUAAUAAUAGUAAUUAUUUAAAUGAAUGGAAAUUUAACCAAACAAAUAGUCGUUUUCCGACAUCACCUCAAAUAAAUUCUCCGAGUUCACUACACCACUUACAAAGAAGUGAAUCACCACAUGAUAAUCAAACCAAUCAUAUGAGUAGAUCAGUUGUGUUAUCUCAAACUGGUGAUUCACCAUCCACUUACAUUGUAAUGCGUCCACUACGAUUGAAUAAUAGUUCAAAUGAUGAAAACGAGUUAAAUUUAAGUCAAACAAAAGUAGAUCCACCUCAUUCAUAUAUUCCUGAUGGCCCAAUUCCGUAUAAAUCACCAUUCGAAUAUUCUUCAUCUCCUUCUGUGACAAAACCACUAACUGCAGUAUCACGUGAUUAUUUCCGUUCACGUCCUGAUAUUUCUGUAACACGCCAACAACACCAUAUAUCACAAUCGAAUAAUUAUUUUAGCAAUACAACACGGCGUCCUACACUGUCUGUAGCACAAAAUACUUUUCUCAGAGCACCGUUUUCGAAAUCCGAACAUAAUCUUGUGCAUGCUGUGGAUGGUUUACCUGACAUGGAGAAUAGACGUUUUCAACAUACAGUCGAGGAUGACAGCUAUUUGUUGGUUUGACAGAAUGCAUCGCAAAGAAAGUUCUUCUUUAAAAAACUGAGCCUGUUGGAAACUUUGUUACAUGUGAUUCAAUGGCCGAGGCUAAUUAUUCAAAUGCACAACAUCAGUCACCAUAUCUACUAAUUAAACCGUAUCAGGAUGCAUCACAGCCUUCUGUUGCUACAUUUGAACGUUUAUCAAGACCUGAUUCAACUAUGUAUCUUAUUCGACCAACACGUGCAGUUGAUAUAUAGUUUAAGGUUAUACACAUAUAUUUAUAUAUAUCAUGUGAAUGAUUUAUUUCUGUAAUACCUCCUUCAUUUCUGUUGUUAACUAUUUAAAUGGAUGACCUGAAAAACAAAGACCAAGUGAACCAAUUCACUAUUCAAAUGAUUCAAUUAUCGUCUGUACACAGUGAUAUAUAUAUAUUUAAUAAUAUUAGACGAUAUUGUUCAUUACCAACAUUGUAUUACAAGGACUAUUUUUAUUUCAUUCAUUUAUUUCCUUAUUGUAUGUGUUCACAAUAUACCAGUACUAAUUCAAUUUUACAAUGCACCAUAUUUCAUGUACAGUGUUCAAGGCAGAACAUGCCAAUACUGAUUACCUGUAAGACUGCUACUUCUUAUUUUGUUUAUGCUUAGGACAGCUUACUUAUGUAUUCGUAGGACAUACUUGGAGAGAAAAAGAACACAACAACAACAACACACCAUUGUAUUCAGUAUAAAUUAGGCUGUGUAUUACGCAUGGAGUCAGGCGUAUAUAUGUAUGUGCUUUCGUGUAUAAUGUGAUGAAUGAAGGAAGUGUACCUUAACAACUCCAUCAUUUUCAUCAAAGUGGUAUUUACAACUUUUUCUUCUUUCUUUUCUUCUUUAACUUUAUUUAUAUCGAACCACAAAGUUUUCUUGAUAUUAACAUGCUCUAUUGGUCAUUUUGUGUGUGUGUGUGUGCGCGGGAGCGUGUAUGUGUAUGCUGGUUUCUUCAUUUCACCUUUCUUUAUUUAUUCCAUUACAUAUCACACCAGUAAUUUCUUGUUCUUCAUAUUUUUACCAAACAAUUCUUUGUUCAACUAUCAAGGCAAUACACAAUUACCAAUAUUAUCAUUAUUAUUAUUACCUACAUAUUUGUGUGUAUUUCGAGUAUAUAUAUAUAUAUAUGCCGGUUUGUGUGUGCAAAAUAAAUCCUACCUCCGGAUGAAUCUGCAUGUUAACAAAAAAGACGGACACAUAUAUACAUGUAUGCGUGACGUGUAGCUUUGGAUCUUAUGUGGCACUCUAUAUGCGUAGAACUUCUGUACUACUAUCUUCGUAACUUUGUGUUUAUUUUCAGCGCUAGAAAUUUCACCUUCAGCUUACACUUUUCCUUUACACUCACCUCGCUCUCCUUACAAAUAGUCUGUGUGUUUAUUUUUGUUGUUAUCGUUGUUGUUUAUAUUGUUCAAAAGGAGCAGUAGAAGGCGAAGAGUAGACAAUGAACCACAAUGUCUUUCAUCCAGAAAUUUUUUCCUCUCCAUCUAAUAUGCACUUUUUACUUCUAAUUUAAAUAUAAUUUGUGUGUGCGUAUGUAUGUGUGUAAUAAAUUUUAUUUCUUUCUUAUAAUUUUAUUCUGAAAUACAAUGCACAUUUAUGUUAACUAUUUUCAUUUUUCUAAGAUGAAUAACUUUGUUUUGUAUAGUAAACUAUUUUAUUUUAAGCGUACAAAACAUAUAAAUAAAUGUAUGGGUUAUGCAUACUUCUGUUUCUGUAACAGUUUAUUACAUCUCACAUUCCAAGCAUUUAACAUCUUAAUAAUUGCUUCUCACACCCACUUAUUAUCAAUCUUUUAUUGUUUAUGAUCUAUAGAGUGUCUCUGUCUGUAUGCAGAGCAUGCUUGUCUUUCUUCCUUUAUCUUUACUUACUCACUCACUCUCCCUUCCUCCCUCCCUCCCUCUCUCUCUCUUUCUCUUUAAUCCUUAUAGUAGAACUCCUUCAUUCUUUCUAUAACAUUUUAUUUUUGAAAAUUGCAUUUCAGAAUGUUAUUUUUUGAUGUUAAUUCGGUUUUUUUUUGAUUUCAUAUAUGUGAUGAUUAUUUUGGCAAGUGUCCUCUUUUUCUUUUCUUUUCUUCUGACGGUUUCUAUGAUUUACAUUUUAAUCUUAUUCUUUCUGACUGUCCUGAUAAAUGUUAUAAUGUAUCUAUCUCUCUCAGGUGUGUAAAGAGAUGUAGAUGUGAUAUAUAAUAAUACGCUAUUGCUGCCCCGGUCUUCAAUUCCAAUACUAAUAUGCUACUAAUAUAUACAUAUUGCUCUUACUCCUUAUAUACAUGUUGUGUGUAGGUAAUUUUUUUCUAUCCACUUCGUCUUGGCGAUCUCUUGAUAGAGCUGUGACAUUCCUAAAAGUUACAUAUAUAUUAUGUAUACAUAUAUUAAGACAUUUAUGCUCAUAUAUAUAUAUAUUUAAAAAUAAGCUUUCUUUUAACGCUAGCAUAUUACAAAUAUGCUUUCCUUGCAUAUGUGCAAAAAUGUAUUAUCUCCUUGCUGAAGGGAAACACGAAAGUUGCCAAGUAAAUUUCUUUUUUUUAUUUUUGAAGAACCUCAUUGAAGAAAACAAUGUAUCUCAGAUGUUUUUCUUAAAACAUGCAUAUUUAAAUAUAAUAUACUUACAUGUAUAAAUAUAUAAAAAUUUGUAUGCAUAGUGUAGACAGUUAUUCUAGUACUUUUCUGUUUUACUCUGCGUCUAUGUGUAUUUACAACUGUUGUCCAUUAUGGAAGUGUUCCUGUGAGUAUAAACACGUAUACAUUGAUCCCUGUAAGCAGUAUACUGUGAAUGCUGACACAAAAUAGUGUCACUGUGAUUUAGCCUUGUGUCCGACCGUCUAACUAAUCUAAAAUGUGUAACGGAAUCCACAGAGGAUGUACAGCAGCAAUUAGUGUAAAGUAGUAGAUUGAUUUUGGAAGAAAACUCUAAGUAACCACGCUUAGUUACAC